AUGUCUCAGCUCUACCCUCAAGUCACUAUCAACCCCAUCGGUCCGCUCUUCAAUAUGGCUAAAACAAUAAGCUUUGACAUUAAGAGAGACGUCUCUGAGUCCACUGAUCACUGUAUAGAUUGGCUUGACUCAAGAGAGAUAUCCUCCAUUGUUUACAUAUCCUUUGGGACUGUGGUUCACUUGAAGCACGAGCAGGUGAAUGAGAUCGCUCACGGCCUUCUCACCUCCGGAUUGUCCUUCUUAUGGGUGGUUCGACCUCCCAUGGAAGGGUUUAAUCUAGAACCACAUUGCCUCGAGAGCUCGAAGAAAAAGGGAAGAUCGUGGAAUGGUGUCCACAAGAGAGAGUAUUAA